AUGACCCGUCACCACUCCACCGUCACCCGGACGGUAUCACGGUCCAGUGCAGUCUCGGAUGUCACUUACCACAGCCUUGAGCCGCCCUCGGAUCUCUCUCGGCCCACUUCUUCCGCCUACACCUUCGCCCCGCAAGAGACCUCCGAGCCCGGACCCUCAUUAUCGGAGAAGGCCCCGAUGUCUGCCCGCAUCGACCGUCGAGAUUCGGGCUACGAGUCCGUCUCCUCCGCCCGGCCCGCCAACCGCCGACGCACUUCCACCAUGUCCACCACAACCUCCAGGACCAAGUCGUCUCGCCCCUCGCCCCGCCGCGCCCACAAGUCAGGACCCGUGGCCUACGCACCUCGGACCACGGCGUCCAUGUACUCGCCACCGGCCGUGCCGCAACCCAACACCUACUAUCACUUUCCGUCCCCGGACCCUCCUUUCCACGAGGAUGACAGCGUCAGCGGCUACCGCUCCGAGCCCUCCCGCUACCGGGACUACCAUGAGCUCGCCAGCCCGCCCCGCGCCGAGGUCCCCAGCUAUCCCGUCCCGCCGCAGACGACGCACUAUUGGACCUCGGACCGUACCCGCCGCCUCGAGUACGCCGCCAUCGACGCCGCCACCCGCGGCGUCAAGGGCUGGGUCAUGCGCCACAUGGUCCCCGAGUGUUUCGUGCCCCGCGAGCGCCGACGCGUGCCCUUUGACGACGACACCGGCAGCGUGCGCCGCUACAGACUCGACCUAGACGACGGGGAGGGCUCUGCCGGGCCCGAUGAGAAGAAGGACGGCGACGUCUAUGGAGCCAAGUCCAGGAAGAAGGCCUGGUUCUUUGGCAGCGGUGGCAGCCCCUCGGCGCACUCAUAA